AUGUAUAAUUCGAUAAUCAAUACACUUAAUGAAAUGCCUGAAACAAGUCUCAAAUCUACAUCGCAUCUUUUAUACACUAUAAGAUAUCUCUAUAGAAAAAAUAAAGACCAAAUCAUAUUUUCUUAUAUACAAAAUAAAGCUUAUCAAUACAUAUCAAAUUCUUUUUACAAAUCUGGAAAAUCUUUAAAAAAUCUAACUCAUCAAAAUAAGCAACUUAAACAAAAUGUUAAAAAAUUACAACAAUCUAAAGAUCAUAUAAUCCACAAGGUUCAACAACUUAAUGGCUCAGUUGUACAACUUAAAUGUAAACAACACCAAUAUAUCUCUCAAAUUCAUGCUAUAGCUAAACAUCUACCAGAAUUGAAGGCUAAUGAUAUGAAAGCAGUAAUUAAAAAUUUGAUUAUGCAAAAUAACAAAGAAUAUAAUUUAGAAUUUAUAAAACUUAUAACACAAGUUUCACAAAUUGAACAAACAUCAUUUGCUACUGUGGUAACAAGCAUAAAAACAAUUUUUAAUUUUUUAACUGGGAAUAAUACCUAG